GUCGAAACAAAAAUAUUUUUACUACGCAAAUUACGAGAGGUCAAGGAAAAUAACGAGCUAAGUAUUAAAUAAAUAAAAUCCCAGAAUCCUUAUAACUGCAUAUAUAUGAAAGACUCCGUUCUGUUUAAUAUGGCUUGCAAGGGUAUUAAAGGGUGGGUCUGCCAAUAUGUGCAUGUCUUUCUCGUUUUUGAAAUACUGUGCUUGCUGUCCAGUAAACAAUGCGACGGGUGAAAGUAAAAGCGGCAGCUAAUUGACUGUUUACGAUUCAAUAAAUCGUUUAAAUAGGUACACAUCUUGCCAAGCAAUCAAUUAGCACCUCCCCCGCCGCAGACAAAGCCAAAUAUUGUCUCAUAGUUGGUUGCGCCGCAUCUAUAAAACUGCUGCCCAAAUUCGGCCAAGACAGACGACGUCUAAUGCUCGCCAUGGCUAAGUUCAGUACAGUGCUUAUUGGGCUGGUGCUCAGCAUUUUGAGCUGCUUGGCAGCCGCUGAUCUUCGCGCUGAUCUGCGUGAUUUUAUGGCGCUGGUGCCGCGCCGUCGCAUUGGUCAUAUAGCGGCGCGAUACUAUAUCUUCGAUCCGAAAUUUCGGCAGGCCGUGGAGUUUCUGCGCAGCGACGAUUUUGCAAAGACGUGGCGGCAAAUGCGCAUGGCGCCGGACUUUGCCGAUCUGAUCGAUUACGUCACGGAGUCCGGCUCCGGCUACGAUGUGAGCAGCGUGGUGGACAAGCUGCCCAAUCGCCUGCGUGCCUUUCAGCUGUCGCGUGUAGUGCCCGUGGAUAUGAUGCUGCGCCGCGACUUGACCACAUUUCUGCAUGAGGCACUCCAAAGUCUGCCGCGUGCUCAGUUCUACGGCUUGAUGGUGCGCAAGGUGCGUGAGGGCGGAGACUUUGCCAAAUUCUAUAAGGCACUGCGAGAUAGGGAGUUCAGGGAGCUGGUGAACACGGCUCGGCACGCAAAGGACCUGCAGACGCCGCUGAACAAGCUAAGCAAAAAGCACAUCAAUGUGGAUGAAAUCAUACAAAUCGCGUUCGAGUUGAUAAGUUGGGGCCCGCAGGUACGCUGAACGGUUGCCCCGGGCAGCAGAGUUAUAAUUAAGUAUUUAUGAAUUAAAUUGAAGCACAUGACUCAUUAAAUAAGCGGCAAGCACAAAGAACCCA